AUGUUGUCGGCGGACGGGCGCGUUGCUCUGCUCAGUACUCUGGUGUGUCAUUCCCCUGGGAGUAUGUACCCCCAGCUGACUGAGGAGGGACAGGAGAAGUUACGGCUCUUACCCGUCGAGGAGAGGUGGAAGAUCAUCUUCAAUCAGCAAACAUUGACAUUAGCUCACACUCUGGCCUUGGUUAUAUUGAAACAAUAUGGAGUCAUUGAGAGUCGUCUGUCAGCAGACAGACAGAUAGCUGCUGACAUUCUCGCGGGAUUUUCUCGGCAAACUCGCGCUCCUAUCUACAGUGUCCUGCACUAUGUGGAUCACCUGAAGAAACAAAUAAGCACGAGUACCCUGGCGCGUGCGGCCGCAAUUAACAAAAGUCCACAGAUCAAAGAUGGCAUCAGUCCCCUGUCCUACCUUCUUCGGAAGCUCAAACUCGACCUUAAGAUGUCCUACGACAGUUUUGUACAGGAGUUUGUGGACCCUCCACAUGACGGUAUCAGCCUCCUGGUAGCUCUCCUCAGGGACAUCCAGCAGUUCCAGCAGUCUGGGACGACCACCAGGCGCAGUAAGCUGGACCAAUACAAGAAGAGUCUGACCGAUGAACAUGACUGUCUUCUGUGUAUCAAAUUUUCUCUCAGAGUGGAGGUGAGCAUCGACAAACUGCUGGACAUCAGAUACGGACUGGAAACUGUGACCGCCUGUCUCCUGAGCAGCUUCAGUAAAGCAAGAGUUACUGCCCUUGAGAUCUUGACUGUCUCCCUGAGUGUGCCAGAAGGUUAUAGCCGUGUGCUGGACUCCAUGACUUACAUCCGCCUCAAGUUCGGGGAGAGUGUCCGCUUUAAGCUGUUAGUCAGCAUGCUGAAUAGCCAGGGCUCGGUCUAUGUUCUCUUCCAGCUUGUCUGUAUGCGGUUCCUGAACAGCCUGAUGGCCUGUAGCAGCGGUCAGAACGCCCGGGUUUUCUUGCAGUAUGAGCUCGAGAUGGCAGGAUUGGACAUGAGCCAAUUAGAGAAGAACGCUCAGGGUGACGGACUGGAGUAUGACGACUUGAGGCGGGAGAUCGAGACGUGGAAGAAACGUUACGUGGAUGUGCAGGGUUUACAGGACGAGCUGUUGGCGUUACAGAACAGAUGCUCGCUUCUCCGACACGAGGUGGACUCAAAAGAGGACAAGAUUAAGACCCUUGAAGACUCACAGGCUGAACUACAAACAGAAAUAACACAGCUGAGAGAGAGUUGUAACUCGUACAUGGCCCAGACCGUCUCCUUACAAGACAGUGUUGAGAAGAUGAAGAUAAUGUGCAAGAAAAAAGGGGGUAAAGAGGCCAAAUGCACAGAUGACACUUUUCCACUCUCCCCUGAGACCUCGACUGUGAAGGAGAGGUCCAGUUGCCAGGACAAACCCCAGACUUCCGCUCCGAGCAUUGGCGGCACUGACACUGACGACUCUGAGCAUUUCAUAUUACCAGCCAUUCCACCACCUCCGCCGCCACCGCCUCCCCCAGAGGUCGCCCAGUUAAUCCAGAGAAAGCUGUCUGUUCAUCCAAAGGUUCGCCUGCCUCUUUUAAACUGGCAGCCGUUGGCGACUGCUGAGAACACGGUCUUCCAGGCGAUGGAUGAAGACCAGCUGUACAAAGAACUGAACUUAACCGAGUUUGAGAAAAGGUUUAAACUGAAAUCUGUGGCGAGUGCCAGUACCCAGUCUUCUCCAGCCAGAAGUGAAAAAUUCCAUCGGAGAUCCAGUACAACAGUCCAUCUCCUUGGGAGCGACAGGAUGAGGAAUCUAGUAAUCACAAAGAGGAAGAUCGGAUUAACCGGGCCGGAAGUCCGGGAGUACGUCGAUCAUUUUGAUGUUAAUCAUCUGUCCGGGGAAUACGCAGAGUUAUUGCUGAGAUUUCUGCCAACGAAAGAUGAGCAAAAGUUGUUGUCGGAACACGCCGGGGAGUUUUCCAAGCUGGGGGAGGCCGAACAGUUUCUGUAUCACCUCGGUCAUAUCAACGACUGCAAGACUAAGCUGACUAUUAUGGCGUUCAUUGGAGCUUUUGAUGAUGUUUCCAAGUCACUGAGAAGCCAAAUCGAGGUGAUCCACAAGGCGUCCGUAUCUCUGUUGAGCAGCUGGAAGCUCCGCAAGCUGUUUCAGUUGAUCCUGGCUCUGGGCAACUACAUGAAUUGUCAAAGAAGAGGUGUUGCAGUGGGAUUCCGACUGGAAUCGUUGUCAAAGCUGGGUGACGUAAAGACAACCGACCGCCAGCACACAUUCCUCCAUUAUCUAGCUGAAGUGUUGGAGGCUCAGUUCCCCACCUUAGUCGACUGGCACGAGGACUUGGAUAUCGGUGUACCAAUAUCUUCAUCUUAUCAGUCUGUGGUGACAGAUAUGAAGAAUCUGAAGAGAGGUCUGGCUCAGAUUAAGGUGGAGAUGGACAAACAUCCUGACAUCAGUCAACUUCACAUAUCCUUUAGAGCCGUGCGUGAGAUGGAGACGAUCUCAGAGAGCUUCAGUCAGAUGGAGGAGUUUUACGAGAGAGCCUGCUCAACGUAUGGAGAGAGGCACAUCCUGGUAGAGCCCGGAGAGUUUUUCGGAUACUUCCUCAAGUUUGUCAGAUCCUACAAGAAAGCCUACGCGGAAAAUCACAAGUCAAGCGCAAACAGUUCGGUUGUUAGUUCACCAACUCACUCUGCCAAUCAGACAGCCGGAAAUUCUCACAAGCAGGACUUUUUGACGGAGGCUAAACUCCUUAUGGCACAGAAUAACCAUCGGUUAGCCACCAGCCGAACCCUGGAGACUGGGUUUGCAGAAAUGGUGAAGCGAAAGAAGACAGGUGUUGCUUCUUUGCCGUCCCCCAUUCCAACUCUGAACAGUGGUGUGCAGGCAAAGAUUCAGCCCAUGUCAUCAGACCCCUACAACCUGGAACUUCAAGCCAGCGGCAGUAAAAAUAACGUUUCCUCCAAAGAAAUCGUCAACAACUGGAUCCUCCAGAACACACAGUCUGAUGAUUUCAGGAACCCAGACGAGGUCGAACAGAAAUUUCGAACAUCCACAAUGAAGUCGACAUCGACUCCAGAACGACUUCCUCUUCCGCAUGCGAAAAUGCACCACGGUCGAGACGAUAGUGAUGACGUAGCGAAUUCCACCUUGACGGCGUCUGGACCGGUUAGAAGAGAGCCAACACCAGAUUACACUAACCCUAGCUCGCCGGCUAACACCAUAUCCAACGCCAGCGAGAUAUCCCGGGUCCUGAGAGAAUUUGAGGGAGACAUCCAUACGUAUUUAAAUGAAAAUGUCCACGGUGUGAAACAACCGGUGCCUGCGCGAACAGUCGACUUCUACAGACCCGUUACUUACCUGUGAAGGAAACUCAUGCUCCAGCAUUGUCAUUAGAAUAUGUCAAGUGAUAGCCCACCGUAUGCUGAGACAUGCACGAUGUAUCCGUUACAACCUGUGUUGAUUUGUAGUCGCCUAUAUAUAAAGUACGGAAGAUGUAAUGUCAGUCAUGUGUUCAUAGCUCAUUUUUUUUACAACUAUCAUCGUAAGCUUCAUAAUCCCAUAGAAUACAUGCAACAAAUUGUAGGCCUAUAUAAAAUAAGUGUUGAAACGUAUUCUUAUACAUGUAUUACUUUCGCCUUUGAGGUUGUCAUCUAAACACCUGACCAUUGUGUCUUAUAUCUAGUCACUUCCACUCUCAUGUUAUCUUAUAUAUAACUUCUGUCCACAUUGGUACACAUGUUCCUGUUAUAGUGGUAUAGGCCUACUGUCAUUGCUGUCGCCUGCAUUUGUCACCCCACAUGUCUACAUCUCAUCAUACAGCUUAUUGUAAAAUGGUGUUCAUAUACCCUGAGACUGGUGAUAGAGUCACCCAUCGGUAUAUGGGAACAAAUCUUUAACGCAGAAAGCAAUAUGUUUUGUCCAUCGUGAUUUGAUAUCAUUCAAAUUUGAAGGGUUGAAAAACACGAUUCAAUAUCCCAUACACAAGAUGUGCUCAUCAUAUAGUCCACCAGUGUGAUUCGCCUGAGUCAUUGAGUUGUAUUUCAUUAACGAAUUUACAAUUGUGAAAAUCAGUCAAUACAUUAAAGACAUGUACGGUUGGAAAGAUUGCAGUUGCAUUGAGGAACAGAACUGUUAUUGUCGCAAUUACUCACAAUGACAUCGAUUACUGGGUACUUUAUCUACCUAUGUUUAUUUCUUAUGUGUUAAUGGCCAUAUACAUAAGGUUGUCAUUAAUAAUCAAACAUUCUUUUCCCAUUAGCAUUGUACAAGAGUUACAUUUUCCCCAUUAUCUUUGGUAUUUCGA